GCCAUUGCAGCUCUCUAGCUCGAAGCGUCGAACCCGGCCCUUGGAAGAAAGCAAAAAUCACGAACGCCAAGCUAGCAGUCGGAGCAGUGAGGUCCUAGGCUCCUAGCAGACAUGGACGGCAAGAAGAAGGUGCCUCCUCCGCGGCCUGUGACGGUGGCCAAGAAGAAGAUGCCAGUUUCUGACUGGCUGGCCUGCGGUUGGGCGCUCCUCAGCGCCUGCGCCAUCGCCUUGGGCCACUACCACCGCCUCUUCUGCAGCCAGGCCACGUUGAUUGUGCGGUGCGGGUCCGUUGAGCUGACGGGCAAGAAGGCCAUCUACUUCAGCGCCCUCUGGAUCGGGGCCCUAUGCUGCGCCGCGUCCCAGGCGGCCGCGGCGGCGCUGGCGUUGCUGCUCCCACGCCGCCACCGCUGGGUCAGCCGUGAAGACCUGGCCUUCCUCGCGGUCGUGCUCAACAGCGCCGGCCACUGCAUGUACGACGGCUCCGUCUACAUCCUCCGCCGAGGAGACUACUUCACCGUGGCCUUGCUCUGGUUCUGGGUGGGCGACAUCAUCAGCUCCCUCCUCCUGCAAGGUGAGGAGUAGGGCAAGCAGGGGAUCGUGUAAUUUUUUACUUCCCCAUGCAUGUCUGCAUGUGCCUGAAAAUCUUAUACGACCCAGGUCGUACGCCUCCCCCAGGUGAGACCCCCUCCGAUUCGUGACACGUGUAUACAUCAAUCUCAAAGCAUCAGUGCCUCUGUUAUCCCUAUUCUUCCCGAUUCCCAUCUGUUCUUUAUUUGACGACCCCUCGCUGGGGCGGCCGUGCGGCACGACGCCGUCCUCUUCGAUAUGCCUGCGCGGACUACCCCUCGCCAGCGGCGGCCGUGCGGCACGACGCCAUCCUCUUCGAUAUGCCUACGCGGACUACCCCUCGUCGGCGGCGGCCGUGCGACAUCUGCUACGUCACGCGCGAAGUAGGCCAUGGCGACGAACUGCACAAGCACACACCAACAAUAACAGGGAACUUGUUGGCUGAGUCAUGUAGUGAACCCCGAUGCCGAGAAACAGCGAGUGACACACCGCCGGCGAGAAGCAUGGCCACGGCCAAGUGGCAUGCAGCUUGCGUUAUACGCUGGCCGUGCCGCGAGUAGAGGAGCCAGGAGCACGGCCGGCGUCGAGUACACCGGCGGCUGGAGUUUGGAUAGAUGGGACUGGCUACAAGAAUCGCGAUUUGAGAACGACGAAGUGGGGAAUGAGAUGACCGCUGCUUUGAGAUUCGUAUUGCCAGCUGUCAGACGGGGGAGAGGGUCUCCCGUUCAGCUGCGUACGACCAGGUCGUAUAGGAUUUUUCCCCCUCUCUGUGUGUGUCUGCGUGCGCGCUGAGCUUCAAUCACAUCAGAUGUGUGCACACAUCCCAGGUUCUGUCAGGCUGAGCUUCACUCUCCUCAGAGCCUGCGCCACGGCCUUCGGCCUCUACCACCUCACAUGCAGCGAGGCCACGUUGGUUCUGCGGUGCGCGUGCGUUGAGCUGACGGGCACCAAGGCCGCCUUCUUCAGCGCCCUCUGGAUCGGCAUCCUCUGCUGCACCGCGUCCCAAGCGGCCGCGGCGGCGCUGGCGCUGCUGCUCCCGCGCCGCCACAGCCGGGUCAGCCGUGAACUGGCCUCCCUCGCGCUCGUGCUCGCCACCGCCGGCCACAGCAUGUACAACGGCGCCGCCUACCUCCUCCGCGCAGAAUACUAGUAUUUCACCAUGGUCCGUGGCGGGCGACAUCAUCAGCUCCCUGGCUCUCCUCCUAUAUUGUGCUAUGCACGCAGUAUGCUGCGAGGACUGAUUGUUAUCGAGUGCCGUAUGGAUGUGUGAAUCUGCUAGUGUCCGAUUUAUGUUCAUGAACUCAUAUGUUGUUCCUGGU